AUGGCCUCCCGUCUGCAAAGACUAGAAGAGGAGACAGAAGAAAAGGAGGAACAAGGUGCAGAACCAAGCAGGGAAGAUGGAGUAGGGGAAGAAAAGAGCGAGUUGGAAGCAGUAGGCGUGGAAGAAGGUGAGGUCAUGAGUGUGACAGAUGAAGUACCAUCUAAUGGAGAUGCAGAACGAAAUCAACAAGACAGGGAGGGGAAGGAGAAGAAAAAUAGUGAUCUCGACAUGGAGCAAGAAAGAGAAAAAGAACGGAAACCAUUUUCGUUGAUGCCUGCGAGGCAUUAUACGCGUUCUAAUAUGCCUAGACUUCGUUGGACUCCGGACUUGCACCGGCUUUUCCUGCAUGCAAUCGCAAGACUCGGUGGCCAAGAUUCCACUCGAUGGUCGCCAGAACAAAGUGAACAAAAGAGGGCGCCUGUGAACAAGCUUCCUGCACACAGCAGCUAUGCAACUCAUCGAACGCGGGUUCUGAACAAAAUUCUGCAACUCAUAUCAAUUCAGAGGCGGACAAUUUCACAAGAUGAAGAGCUGGAGUUGCUUUUUGCAGGGCUCUCUUUAUGAAAACCAACACAUUUUUCUAAUGCUGGUAAGUUUGCUUCUUUUAGCGUAAGCCACGAAGCCAUAGCUUCUCUUACAUUUCCGUGGUAAACAUGGCAUGUGGGCCUCUCUUCUUUUUUUGUUUUUGUUGAGCGUACAUUUUAAAUCUCAAAUCUCAUGUUGGAUAUAGAUUAAGUGCGCCAUUUGAUUAUGUUAAUUAUAUUCUAAGUUGAUAUAGUAUUCUUAAGGGAGUGGUUCUGGUUGUUGAGGACUUCGAUUGUGAUAAGAACUAUUGCUGGGGGGAAUUUUUUUUUGG